GAUAACAAUGGACGAAAUCUUCUCCCGACUAAAACAACUGACCCCCGAUGAGCUGAGAGAAGAAAUUGUCAAAGCCGGCCUGAAGUGCGGGCCCAUCACGCUGACCACCAGGUCCAUUUUUGAGAAAAGAUUGGCCCAGGCUUUAUGGGAACAGCAGGGACCCUUGGAGCCCACGGCUCCUGUUUACAACGGCGUUCCGGAAACUGCUGCGGCUGACGGGAACCAGCCAGAACCUGGAAAAACGAACGGCCACCUUGCCUCCCCCGAGGAGGGCGAUUUUGGCUACGGCAUGGGUCUGAACCCGCCUGAGGAGGAAGCCCUGAUGCGGGAAGCGAACGGCUCCCCUCUUCGCUCCCAGAUUCCCUCCAAAGAGCCUUUGCUGUACUACGGGGUGUGCCCGGUAUACGACGACAUCUUGACUAGAAAUGAAAGGGUACAUGUCUAUGAGGACAAAAAGGAAGCCUUGCAAGCUGUCAAAAUGAUUAAGGGGUCACGUUUUAAAGCUUUCUCAAACAGAGAAGAUGCAGAGAAAUUUGCCAAAGGCAUAUGUGAUUAUUUCCCAUCUCCAAACAAGUCUACCAUCUCUCUGUCUCCUGUCAAAGUCUGUUCGGUCUUCAGUAGAGAUGGUUUGUGCUCUCCUGAACUGGAAACGGUCAGUAAAGAAAGAGCCAACAGUUACAAAAGCCCUCGUACCCAGGAUCUGACUGCAAAGCUUCGGAAAGCCGUGGAGAAAGGAGAUGAAAGUGCUUUCUUAGAACUCAUCUGGAGUAAUCCCCGCUAUCUCAUCGGCUCCGGAGACAAUCCAACGAUUGUCCAGGAGGGGUGUCGCUACAACGUCAUGCAUGUGGCAGCUAAAGAGAAUCAACCGGGCAUUUGCCGGCUGCUGUUGGACACUCUGGAAAACCCAGAAUUUAUGCGGCUGAUGUAUCCUGACGACGACACCGUUAUGUUGGAGAAGCGUAUAAGUUACAUAGCGGAUCUUUAUCUGAAUACGCCAGAUAAAGUGGGAUUUGAUACACCGCUGCACUUUGCUUGCAAGUUUGGGAAUCCAGAUGUGGUCGGCGUCCUUGCUUCCCAUCCAGGCAUUGUAAAGGAUCCGAAAAAUAAAUACAAUCAAACCCCAGCAGAUGUGAUCUGUGAAAGGAGCAAAAAUAAAGCGGCGGAUCUGAAAACAAAAAUUAGGGAACAUUUGGAAGGUCAGUGUUACGUGCCCCUCUUCAGAGCGGAAGAUAACGCCACGGCACCUGUGAUUGGAGCCCCCUGGUCCCCGGAUCAAACCGAGAGCAGCCCGCUCCCGUCUUUGCCCAGAUUCUUCGGCAGCCCCAAAGAUCCUCUGCUGACAGUGAGGGCUUACGCCGGGCCACUGAGUCCUUCCAAGGCAGACGAUUUCCGCAGGCUUUGGAAGACCCCACCUAGAGAGAGGGCGGAAUAUUUUUACCACCUCCGAAAGUCUGAUUUGGAAAGAGGGGUCGAACGAGUUGGAAGGGAGUUAGCUCAUGAGCUGGGGUUCCCGUGGGUUGAAUACUGGGAAUUUCUGGGCUGUUUUCUUGAUCUGUCUUCCCAGGAGGGGUUAGGACGGCUAGAAGACCACCUGAGUCAACAACAGGAAAUGAGCAAUAAUGCUCAGCUAGAGAAAGGGAAAAACGAGGCCCACAACAGAUUCACACCACAGUCUUAUGGUAAAAGUAAAAACUGCAAUUCUGUCUCUGUUGGAGCGUUUCUCGACGAUGACGACAUGAGUUUGGAAGAGGUAAAAAACAGGCAGAACGCGGCCAGAAACUACAGCCCCGUUAUAGCACCCAACGAACCGACCAUCGCUAGCUUUGAAAGCUCCAAGUGCGACAUUCUCUCCAUCGAGCACACGGGGACGAUCCUGCCGAGGACAAAAGCCUCCCUCCGGGCGGCCGAAAAAGGAGACCCCCUGGGUAAAAACGGCUAUUGCAGUCCGGCCGCUAGCGAGGAUAGGACAGGAACCCACAGGAGGCACCCGAGCCAGGAAGGAAGCCUUCAGUCCCCCGUUGCCAAUUUAAUGGAGAAAUUUGAUCAGCUCUCUUGCCAGGAUGAGGCCGUGGCGAGGGAAUGCUCGGCGGGCAAGGCCAGCCAGAGGGCGGCCAAAACGUGGAAAUGCCAGGAGCAGCUGGCUAAAAUGGGUUCCCCCUUGUCGAAGACAGGGGCAGCUGCCAGGAAGAACAAAAGCAGAAAGGAAGACGGGGACCCCCAAGAGGCAGAGAGACCCUCGGCCGAAGCCGAGGUCAGAUCUGGGGAGAGGAAGCCGCCGUUUGCUUUGGAAUCGCCGCCCGAGAUGUCCGUUCCUGGUUUACUGAAAACACCUCCCUCAAACGGGAAAAGCAAGCAGAUGUUCCUUUUAGGCGAUCAACCGUCGAAAUGGGACAAUGACGUGUUAACGGCAUUACUCGGAGUCGAGGUCGAUCCCCAGAGGUACCCGGCUAUUUACAAGUGGAGCGAAUCCGUGCAGGCCUAUCCCGUAUCUGAACGGCGAAGGUGGUCCAGCCCUUCCCUGAAAGGACUCGCCAAGGCCCAAGCCACCCCCAGCCCUGCCAGGAAUCUUCCAUACUUCAGCCCAGGAAAGAACAGCCCCGGGAAGUAUAACGCGGCUGCAGCGGCGGCCGGCUUCUCUCCGGAUUUAGGGAGCCCGGGACGGUAUACGCCAGCGUACGUAAACUACAUCCUUCUGUCCAAGAGGCAACAUUUCUCAGGACUGCCCAAUCAUUAGGGUGGGGUCAGCCACCCCGGCCGUGAAAACGUUGGAAGCGAAGGAAA